AUGCCUUCCGCAAUUGGUGGUGCCGUUCCUGUUCGCAUCGACAAUAAGAAAAAAAAGAAGAAAAGAUUUGAAUCUGAGGCGUCGGAAUCAGCCCGUGAGCCUCGAGAGUCACAGAUACCCCAGAAAGGAAAAUCCCACCAUCUGGCUCAGGGAAUGGAGGUUUGUGUCCACAGCUCGACUGCACAUGAUCCUGUUAGACACUCCGGCCACCAUGUAGCUGGCCCUCCGGCGAAGAAAGACGGAGACAUGACCUCGCAGGCCGCAGCCCGCCGCUUCCGUGCCGAGAACGAAUAUCCUCCGCGCUUCACCUUACCGGAAAUUGAAGUCGACCUCGGCGCGUGGAUGUGUCUUGCAUGUCCUACUUCAACCCGCAAAUGCCAGGACUGCAAACAAUACGAAGGCCACGAAGACUCCAUUGUCAUCGCCAUUCAUGGAGAAUGCCUUACCGGAAAGUUUGGAAAGCGUUCGGCAAUCGGAGUGUACUAUGGCCGUGGAAACCCUGGCAAUAUCACCUGGCCCAUUCCAGGCAAGGACGAACACAGCCACACGACCCAGAUCGCCGAGUUGACCGCCUGCCUGCGGGCAUUGCGCAAUGCAACCUCCAUCAUCGAUAAACGCCAUAACAUGAUGCGCAAGGGAAAGACCCUUAUGCCACUGAAUGCCUUCGUCAUCAAAACCGACUCCGAGUACCUCGUCCGCAGCUUGACCGAGUGGCUGCCCAAGUGGAAGAAGAAUGGAUGGAAGACUUGCAAGGGCGUUACAGUUGCUAAUGCCGAGAUGUUCAAACUGAUCGAAACUGGAAUUAUGAUGGUUGAGAUGGUCGUCGAGGUUAUGUUCUGGCUGGUGCCCAAGGAGAACAACAUGGAGGCUAUUUGCCUAGCAAAGAUGGCUAACUUGGCUACCAUAGAGGAAUGA